AUGAAAACCGCCGGAAAAUUUCCCGGCCCAAUUCUAGCUUUCUCAUACAUCCUCAUUUUACCACAAUUCAUCAAUGUAGCCUUAUGCGGCUCGUUUUUUCAACCCGCCGAUAACUAUCUCAUCAACUGCGGGUCUCCCGAGCCCACCACCCUCGACGAUGGCCGCACAUUCAUAUCCGACCCACAAUCCGCUUCUUAUCUAUCCACCGACGAGGAUAUCCUAGUUUCCGAAAACUCCUUACCAAACAUCCCCUUAACCGGCCGUUUGUACCUAUCCGCAAGAAUCUUCCGACACGAGUCGAUGUACCGAUUCUUCAUCAAUAAGCCCGGCCGCCACUUCAUCCGACUCCAUUUCCACCCACUUCCGAACCCUUCCGUCAACAUGACGUCAUCAACAUUCUCGGUUUCAACCGACGAAACCGUACUCCUUCACGGCUUCUCGUUCAAAGAUCGCCGUCUGAAUAAUAGUAAGACAUCGACCACCAUCGUCAAGGAGUACCUCGUGAACGUCACCUCGGAAAAGCUCACGCUCAAAUUCUCGCCCUCGAGAAAAUCAGCCGCGUUCGUCAACGCCAUCGAGCUAGUCUCUGCUCCCGACGACCUCAUCCCCGACUCCGCCUCGUCCGUGAAUUCGCCACGUGGCGAGUUCACAGGCCUCGACGCGCUCGCGCUCGAGGUCCUCCACAGGGUGAACGUUGGGGGCCCACUCGUGACCCCGAAAAACGACACCCUCUGGAGGACAUGGCUUCCGGACGAAGAAAACGGGUACGCGUUUUUACCUCAAGAGGAAAAAGACGUAAUCGUCCCCACGGACAUGAUACGGUACUCGAGAGGUGGGGCCACGGCCCUCGUGGCCCCGCCUUUGGUCUACUCAACCGCGGCCGUGAUGGCGGAUUCCGACACGGCCGACCCGAACUUCAACCUCACGUGGUCGAUGAGAGUCGACCCGGGCUUCAACUACUUAAUAAGGCUCCACUUUUGCGACAUCGUGAGCACGGGACUCAACGAGCUCUACUUCAACGUGUACCUAAACGGGCUUUCCGGAGCCUCGGCCCUCGACUUGUCGACCCUCACAUCGGGCCUCGCCGUUCCUCACUACAUGGACUUCGUGCUCAACGCCUUGGUUAUUUCGAACGGGACGGUCACUAUUCAAGUGGGCCCCACCUCGAACGUCAAGGCCGUACAACCCGACGCCAUACUAAACGGGUUCGAGGUGAUGAAGCUAAGCAACUCGGCCGGAAGCCUCGACGGGCUUUUCUCCUCCUCCUUCUCGAAAUUCGGAAGAAACUAUAACAUGUCGAGAGUUGCCUUGACCGCUAUCGGACUUGCAUUAGGAUCGACAACGUUGAUUUCGAUAUGCAUCGGUUUCGCCAGAAGGCGAACGAGGCGUAAUAAUAAUAAUAAAGGCUGCGAGAAGCAAAAGUCGAGAAUGUUCUCGUCGUGGCUCCUCCCGCUAACCGCAACCCAGUGCAGCAGCUUCUUGUCGAGCAAGAGCAAGAUCAAGAGCACGACUUUCUCGAGCAUCAUCGACCCGAGUAGCCUCAACCUCGGGAGGCACUUCACCUUAAACGAAAUCCGCCGCGCGACGAGAAAUUUCGACGAGAAGUCGGUCGUCGGAGUCGGUGGCUUCGGGAAGGUGUACCUCGGCGAGCUCGAAGACGGGACCCGCCUCGCUGUAAAACGGGGCAACCCGUCCUCGUCUCAAGGGGUCAACGAGUUCCAAACCGAAAUCCAACUCCUCUCGAAGCUCCGCCACCGCCACCUCGUCUCCCUCAUCGGUUACUGUGACGAGCAAUCGGAGAUGAUAUUGGUGUACGAGUACGUGGCCCACGGGCCGCUCCGCGACCAUCUCUACGGUGGUGGCCGGCCCGUGCUGAGCUGGCGGAGGCGACUCGAGAUCUGCAUAGGGGCUGCGCGUGGGCUUCAUUACCUCCACACGGGUUCGGCGCAGGGGAGUAUAAUCCACCGGGACGUGAAGACGACGAAUAUUCUUCUCGAUGAGAAUUUUGUGGCUAAGGUUUCGGAUUUCGGGCUUUCGAGGGCCGGGCCCGGGUCGCUAGACCAGACGCAUGUCAGCACGGCUGUGAAGGGUAGUUUCGGGUACCUCGACCCGGAGUAUUUUAGGCGGCAGCAGCUGACUGAGAAGUCGGACGUGUACUCGUUUGGGGUCGUGUUGUUCGAGGUGCUGUGCGCGAGGCCCGCGCUUGACCCGGGCCUGCCGAGGGAGCAGGUGAACUUGGCCGAGUGGGCCCGGAGGAAAAAUGCCAGGGGCGAGAUAGGGAAAAUUGUUGACCCGGUUAUUGCGGGGACUAUUUGUGGGGAGUCUUUGAGCAAGUUUGUGGAGGCGGCUGAGAAGUGUUUGGCCGAGUAUGGGGUGGAUCGGCCGAGUAUGGGGGACGUGUUGUGGCACUUGGAGUGUGCCCUGCAGUUGCAAGGGGCCGCGGAGGAGGACUCGACUCGGGAUGAUGACGUGGGGCCCACGAAAGGGAAGGUUGGGGGCCUUGUGGCAACUGUAGAUAUGAGUGAUGACUCGGGGGUGGUUGUGAGUUCUUCCAUGUUUCUUGAGAAUUUUCAGGGGAGAUAG